CUCGACUCAGACCGAGCCGCCGCGGCCGCCGCCAGCUCGGCCCCCAGCUGCCUCGCGUCCCGGACCCCGCGGCCUUCCCGGUCCGUCGCUCUGCCUUCCGGCGGCCCGGGCGGCCCGGCCCCCGUCCCUCGCGGGCCUCGACUCCUUCUCCCCGCCGUCCCCGGAGCCCGGUGCCCGGCUCGAGCCGCACAGGGGAGCGCGGCCGAGAAGAAGCUGAAAGUAGAGAUCUAUUGGCCUGAAAUCAUUGCCACCUGCUCUGGAAAGCCCUUGGAGGAGACUCCAGUUAUAUUUCUCACCUAGUCCGGAGAGCCCAAACCUCAGGGCUAUGAAACAGCUGUCUCCAACUGGACAUCCAGGGCGCCUCUCCUGUUCUUUCUGACUCUUGAAUUGGAAGCUAACAAGACUCUGCAGCCUGGAAAGGAAGUAAAAGCUAUUUCGUGCAGUGGAGAGUACUUGAAGGGAGCGAGGAUUCCCUGCGAUUCCUGCCUGCAACUGGGCAAACACUCAUUCCCCUCUCAGCUCUGCCUGCAGUUGAACACAAAGACCUGGAGGAGACUCCCACAUCCUUCGGGGAGGAGAAAGGAGGCGGCGAGGCCCGACUGCAGGAACUUGGGGGCUGGUGGCCUCUGCGCACCGGCCGGCCGGCGAGGGGGCGAGGGGAUUAGAGUCCCGGGGCGGUGACCGAGCGGGAGAUGAGGCGCUGCCGCCGCCGCUGACCCUCGGUUCUGGAGCAGCCGCUGCGCUUUGUGCUGCCCGCACAUGUGUCUGCCCGGCGCAUCCGGAGGCGCGCACACGAGCAUCCACCACGGCCGCCGGGGAGAGAGUGCCCGCCAUGCCCACGGAGAGCCUACAGACAGGUAGCAUGGUGAAGCCGGUCAGCCCCGCCGGCACCUUCACGUCGGCCGUGCCCCUGCGCAUCCUCAACAAGGGGCCCGACUACUUUCGCCGCCAGGCGGAGCCCAACCCCAAGAGACUCAGCGCCGUGGAGCGGCUGGAGGCCGACAAGGCCAAGUACGUCAAGAGCCAGGAGGUCAUCAACGCCAAGCAGGAGCCCGUGAAGCCGGCGGUGCUGGCCAAGCCCCCUGUGUGCCCGGCCGCCAAGCGCGCGCUCGGCAGCCCCACGCUCAAGGGCUUCGGCGGCGGCGGCGCCAAGAGCGAGGGGGGCGCGCCUCGCGAGACCCUGAAGCUGGAGAUCCUCAAGAACAUCCUCAACAGCUCCGAAGGCUCGAGCGCGGGCUCGGGCCACAAGCACAGCGCGCGGAACUGGCCGGCGCCCCGGGCCGACGCGGCCGAGCUGCACCGGCACUCGUUCGCCGAGUCGCUGCGCGCGCGCCCCGCGCCGGGCCGGGGCAGCCCCCAGGAGGGCGGCUCGCACGUGGGCCGCCGGCCGCCCGAGCCCGCCUCUUCCGCCGCCGCCGCCGCCGCCGACGCCUUUCUGCACGUGUCCCACAGCUCCUCGGACAUCCGCCAGGGGCCCGGCGCCAGGCCCUUGAAGGCCAUCCUCCCCUGCAGCAGCUCCGCCCCGCCGCUGCCCCCCAAGCCCAAGGUGGCCGCCCCGGCCGCAGUGAAGUCCCCCGAGGCCGAGGCGGCCGAGCCAGCCGGCGGGGUGGGCCGGAGACCCUCGCUGCAGCGCUCCAAGUCGGACCUGAGCGACAGGUAUUUCCGCGUGGACGCCGACGUGGAGCGCUUCUUCAACUACUGCGGACUGGAUCCAGAGGAGCUGGAGAACCUGGGCAUGGAGAACUUCGCGCGGGCCAACUCGGACAUCAUCUCGCUCAACUUCCGCAGCGCCAGCAUGAUCAGCUCGGACUGCGAACAGUCUCAGGACAGUAACAGUGACCUUAGGAACGAUGACAGUGCCAAUGACCGGGUGCCCUACGGCAUCUCCGCCAUCGAGAGGAACGCGCGCAUCAUCAAGUGGCUGUACAGCAUCAAGCAGGCCAGGGAGUCGCAGAAGGUGUCCCACGUGUAAGAGGCAGCAGCGCGCCCGGAGGGAGGCGGGGGGUCUCUGUCCGCGCCUCGGCACUUGUGAAGAUUGUGAGGUCUCCUUGAAGUGUUGUGAGCUUCUCCACUCUCUUUGUGUUGCUUGUUGUGCAAUGUCUUUCCAGUUGCAUGCCCGCCAACACGGGGACUGACCUGGCGUCCUCGGCUACCAUCGCUGCAGAGCCUGGCCGGUCGCGCGUCAUCCGCCCCAAAGUGUCAGGCCACAUCCUAAUUUAGGGCUUCAAUCUUUGGCAAAACUGUUUACACGGAAAACGGUAUACAACUUCUUCAAUA